AGCACAAAUUUUUGCAGAGAAAGUGUUGAUAACCAGGCUGACUACGCAAAAGUGGCUGGACGUCGGGCCAAAUUGGACCGAGGACGAGUACAGGAGCGCCCAUUCGAAAAUGGUGUACGAGUACAGGGUGACUUGCGUGGCCCAUUAUUACGGCAAGGGUUGCGAGAACCUGUGCAGGCCGAGGGACGACAACUUCGGCCAUUACAGCUGUAGCCCGAGCGGGGAGCGCGUAUGCCUCUCUGGAUGGAAGGGCGACUACUGCAAUACCCGUAAGUCUCUCUUUCUCCUACUUCUUGCUCCAACGUCUAUUAUCGUAUGCACGUAAUAUGCGUGCACUCCCACGCUUCCCAUCGCGACUGCACCACGCGUGACAUCCCUCCUUUUUUUGUAGGAAUUCCGUGUAUGAAAUUACAGAGACGAUC